CGGCAGGGCUGCCGGAAACAGGCGACGACGGCGACGACGACGACGACGCCGCCGCGACGGACGCCAGCUUCGCUGGAAACUCCCGUGAUCUUGCAGGGAUAAAAUAUGGCAAUGAAUCAUUUGAGGUCAUUGAAAGGCAUUGUCAAUGUGAAGGAAGCGAUUGGUAUAGUUGGUCGAAGAACAUUUUCUGCCGGGGGUAGUAAAGCAAAGAAGGGUUCUAAAGGUGGUGCAGCUGGUGAUGCAGCAAAAGCAUCAACACUCAGCAAAGAAGUCAAAUCUACGACUGUGGUUGGUGCGAAUAUCCUCAAGGAUGGAGCAGAUCCCAAGGUCCUACCGGACUCUGAGUAUCCUGAUUGGUUGUGGCACCUGAUUGAUAAAAAGCCACCUUUGAGUGAGCUAAGGAGAAAGAACGUUGAAACUCUUCCCUAUGAAGACCUGAAACGCUUUGUUAAACUAGACAACCGAGCAAGGAUUAAGGAGAACAAUUCUAUCAAAGCCAAGAACUAGUGAAAGAUCUAUUGAGUUGUCAUUCUUUUUCAUGCUACAGAACUCAUGAGGCACCUCAACAUUCAAGAUUUCACCUUGUGGUCAAUGGGCAUGUGUGGAGAAGAAGAUAAACACAAGAUGAGAUAAAGAAUGAGAGUUAGCUUAUUUCCUUUUGAUCUUGGUGCAUUCCUUUCCUUUUACUUCUCUCCUGAGAAUGGUGGUCUUCCUAGGUUUGGAAUGCCAGAAAUCUCAUUUUGUGUCUUACUUCAGUAUCAGCACUAAACAGUUCAUGUGCCUUGUUGAAGAAUAUACUUCUCCCUAGUGGGGCUAUUAUCAUUAUCACGAGACAUGUUUAUUGCUUUUGGGGGAUAAUGAUGUCAGUCGACAAAUCUGAAAUAUAUAUUGCUGGGAUGCCAUGGUAGAUGACAUGCCAUGCUUUUAACAA